AUGUCUCUACGAAACUUGACUACCAGAGUUGGCUUAUUGAGACGCCCGGUAUCAAUUGGUGUACCAAUUUACAAAAAGUUACCCCUCAAUGGCAAAAGGUGGGCUUCAGACGUGGAGAGCUUCAAGUCUGAGACAUGUGAGAACGACACAGAUAACUCCUAUGAGGCCACAGGGGUGAUUGACUACAAAAAGCAGCACGAGGUGCUUAUUUUCUUCGAUAAUAUAUACCCACGCUGGCUUGCAAAGCUCGAGUACAAGAGCUUCAUACAGCCCUUUCGGUGGCUUCAGAAACGCUUGGGGGAUGAGGCACUUACUGAGAGGUUGGUCCUGAUGGUCGCUGAUGGAGACCACCCACUUCCAAAAGAGACGUGUGUGACACAGGUGGCGCCUCUCAUCAGAGACGGCGGUGUAUUUGUGAAGUUUGUGGUACCUCCCAACUCCACACCUAAGGAGCUUACUCAAAGGUUGGAGAACAACAUCAAAAGAAAUAGACAGAAGCGGUCAAACCCCAUCAAAGACCUCUACGGCUUCUGGAAGCCGCCUCCUCGUGCGUAUCAAGUGAAAGGUACGCCAUGGAUUGAGGACUUGAGUAGGUUUCCUUCCCCAAAGCUCAAGGUGAAAUUCCAGGGCGACCCUCUCACAGAGGAAGAGUUGUACCUUUUGUUCAGGAGGUACGGUCAAAUCAAGGAUAUUGUGCCCGCAAGCUCAAGCACGCCUUAUGCUACAGUUGUGUUUCGAUACACUGACUCGUGUAUUCGUGCAAAGAACUGUGUUACCGGUCUUACAUACAACAACGGGAAGCUGACGUUGCAUUUGCAAUAUAUCCCAGUUGAAAGAGUGAAUUACGUGGCGAAUAUGAUCAACAACCAUCAAAGAAUCGCUAUCCCUAUUAUUCUUGCCAUCUUGGCAACAAUUGCAGUGUUGAUCUUCGAGCCUAUCCGGGAGCAAUUCAUCAAAUUCAAGAUCAACCAUCGCUCUUGGAAUGGUCAUAAAGAUCACUGGUUAGUAAAGAUGUUCUAUGUUCCUUACAGAACGCUUGCCAACUGGAUCACUGACACCACUACCUUCAUCGACGACUCAAUUGGCUCUUUCACUGGAGACAGAAAGGCUUCCCUGGAAGAUAUGUCAUUGGUGGAUCUUCAAUCCAACAUGUUCUUGCAAGAGCGUUCAGACAAAGCUAACGAUUUGAAGAUGUGGCUCUACGAGAAUGCCAACACAUUCAUUAUCGUACGGGGUCCAAGAGGAUCCGGGAAGCGUGAAUUCGUUGUAGAGAACGCCUUGAGCAAGCAAGAUGAAAUCGGACGUAGGGUCCUUGAGCUUGAUUGUGCUACCAUGGUGAAAGCUAGAAGUGACAAAGCUUUUCUCAAGAGCGCUGCUUCUCAGCUUGGCUACUUUCCUAUCUUCACAUGGACAAAUUCGAUCUCACAGUUUGUUGACUUGGGUGUGCAAGGUUUGACGGGCCAGAAGUCAGGCUUGAGCGAAUCAAAGGAAACACAAUUCAAGAACAUGUUGCAGUUGACCGCAUCUGCCAUCAGGAAGGUUGCUCUUGCUGACUUUGAAUCGUACAAGGCCGAGGUCAAGAAGCAGAGAAAAGCAAAGCUGAACGCUGACAGUGAUGCUUCGUUUGACAACGAAUCUGUGGACUUAAGGGAAGAUGACUAUCUUCAACUGCACCCCAAGGUCAAGCCAGUUAUUGUCGUUGAAAAUUUCCUUAGAAAGUCUGAGUCAUCCAAUGACUUCAUCUAUAAACUGAUUGCUGAUUGGGCUGCUCAGCUUAUUCAAAGUAACACCGCACAUGUUAUCUUCAUCACUCUGGAUGCUAGCAGCACGACUCACUUGACAGCUGCCCUCCCCAAUCAGGUGUUCAAGACAGUGUCAUUGGCUGACGCUUCCAUGCAGAGUGCUAAGCACUAUGUCAUGAGUCAGUUGAAGGACAUGGAAUUGAGAUCGCUGAUCGAUCAUUGCUUGGUUCCUAUUGGAGGAAGAAUGUUGGAUCUUCAAGCUUUCGUGAGACGUGUGCGAUCAGGCGAGCUGGCUGAUGACGCUCUACAUCAAAUGGUGAGCCAGGCCGCCGAACAGAUCACGACUUUCUUUUUGAACGUCUCGCCCAACUCAGGUGAAAUCAAUUGGAGUACCGACCAGAUCUGGGCACUCAUGAGACACCUUGCUGACAGGGAUCUGGUGUCGUUUGCAGAGUUGGCUAAGUCCCCACUAUUUGGGGACAAUCACGACACCAUUAGCACUUUGCAGGUCUUAGAGAAAAACGACCUAAUUCUUCUUCAAAGAGACAAGGGUAUUGUUAGCACAAUUACAACAGGCAGGCCGUUGUACAAAGCUGCAUUCAAGACUCUCGUGGAAGAUAAAGCAAUUUUCAAAUUGUACGAAUCACGUUUAAUAAGAAGUUUGAUCAAGUUGGAGAAUGCAAAGAUUGCUCAGUUGGAAGAUGAGAUUAGCAAGAUCUCAGAAGCGGUUGGGUCAGACUGGUUUAAGGAUAGACUCAACUACGUCGAGUCAAAGAUUAACGCAAGCACACAGGCUAUUCGCCAAUACGAAAAUCAAAUCAAGGAGGUUCUGAACAUUGGAGUUGAAACCAAAAAGGGCUUCUUUGGAUUCUGA